CCGAGUGCUGGGAUUAAAGGCGUGCGCCACCACCGCCCGGCCUCCCACUGAAUUCUUAAGCUUCUGGAUUCUCACCCUCAUCGCACACAUUACCACCACCGCUAAUGCUCAUAUUGCACCAUUACAGCUAGGUCUCUCCAGACCUGUAGAAAUUAGCUUGAUACGGGAAAUAACCAGGCUAGCCAAAGGAUAAAACAAUUAUACCUUUAUUUAUUUUUUUAUUUAUUAUAAGGGGAAAAUUCACGAAAUAGGAACGGGAAGUACAAGUUCAGCUGUGUCACCAGGGAACCAGAGAGCGCACUGGGUCGGUGCCCCAGUUUUUCUCUUGGCCUCUAGGAAGCCAUGCCUAACUAGGUUCCACCUCUUAAAGAUGAUUGGUUAACAAAGCUUCCCCCAUCACAGGCCUAGUCCCUAAGUGUCUUCAUUUACAACUAGAAAUGCCUUCCAACUUCUUGCCAACUUUCUUAAGCUUAAGUGUUCUUGGAUAUCUGUCCAGUCACCCACCCCUCUAGCCACAGCCUGGUUCUGAUGUGCUAAGCAUGGUGUGUGUCUGUGUGUGUGCAGGAGUAAUCCAAGCUAGGUCGUGUUGAUAGACUGCUAAAGGGUCAGCAUUCCUCAGCGCUGCCAGGGCCCACUUUAGGAGCAUAAGCCUCCACCCCCGGGCCUGAUGGAGGAUUCCCUCCCAGCAGUGAAGGUGCAGCUUUGUCCCUCAGCUCCGAGGAAUGGCAAUGAUGUCACCAGACUUUCCCCCAUCUCUUGUGCUCCCGUCCCUAUAGGCAAGUGUCUCAAGCUCUUCUUGACAGCCCCUAUGACAGCCUCCCCUCAAAGCACAGCCGGCCUCAUCUCCUCAACCUGGGAAGAGGCUGAAGGAUGGCAGUGUUACAACCAUGCUCCACCCAGAGCUGGUACUUGGGGGACCUGUUGGGAAUGGCACUGACUCCCUGCCCUUCUUCCAGGAGCUGGUGAGCAGAAUACUGCACCUGCACUUCAGGGAUUGCAAGACGAAAGUCAGUGGGGACGCGCUGCAGCUCAUGGCGGAGUUCUUGAAGAUCUUCGUGGUAGCCGCUGUCCGUGGGGUGCAGCAGGCCCAGGCAGAGGACCUAGACACCGUGGAUGUGGAUCAGCUGGAGAAGGUGCUCCCUCAGCUGCUCCUGGACUUCUAGAUGUUGGCCUGUGGCCUGCAGAGUCUAGGACGAAGUCCCGUCAGCAUCGACAUCCAGUUCCCCAGGUUCCAAAGAACGGGAAGACACCAGGAGCUGUUACCCUCCCUAGCUAUUGCCUCUGGGGGUCUGUGUGAGCCAGGUGCAGGGAAGGUGGGCAGCCUUCCCACCGCCACCCACCCCCACCACCCCUACUCAUUAUAAACAGAGGCUGGCGGUGCUGCCUUCUUGCCCCCCCCUCCAUCAGAGCUGCUGUGUGGCUUUUAACCACCGGACCAGGAUGCCUCCCUGAGCUGUAAAUUUGUUCUUACAAAGCAAUGUCAAUAAAUCAACACCAUCUCUCCGAGGCUUGGCCUUCUUGUUGCCAUUAAUCACAGUCUAGUUGCUUCAAAGCCCGAGCCCCACGCUCCCUUCCAUCUGUCUCAGUGGGACAAAUGCAGAACGCUCAGAAAGGACAGGAAGACAAAUAGCACGUGUGUGCACACGCUGCCGUAAAACCACAGCAGCUGCCACUAGUAGGCAGUGCAGUCCAAGAAUGUCUCUGUGAACCAGUAACGGUUCACCGGUUCACCGCGGCAGCAGAGCCAGAAUAUACAGGAUGAGUGGACCAGAUCUGCUACCUGGGCCUGCUGUGGCCAUGCUGGGCUGCAGAAAGGCUAACCUUGAGCCCCGCCCAACUGCAUCUGGGUCUAGGUAAGGGAUAGGUCGCACCCUCAGAGAGAUGCAGCUAAGAGGCUGACUUGGAAGCCCAAUCCAGGCUUGAGCCUUCUGAUCCGGCCCUGGCAGGCCAGUUCCAGGAGACAUGCAGGGCGUCUUGCUAACCCCGACACAUAGCGCCCCAGUGAGUCCAGUGUGGGGACACCGUGGAGCACCCAGGAGUUAGGAGGUCCAGAGGUCAGUGCCAGUGGUAGAACCGUGGUAUCAGUGAGAGGUGGGGG